AUGUCUAUUUCUAGCUGGAUUUACACCUCCGAGAUCUCACAACUGUUUACCAGCGUGUUGUUCUGUGCUGCUGUCAAUGUUAUUGGUGUCGUCGUGUAUCGCAUUUUCUUCCAUCCGCUGGCUCAUAUACCGGGGCCUCGCUUAGCGGGAGCGACUUCUCUCUACUGCUACUGGUAUAACGCUCGCGGUGGACGGUUCUACUUGCAAAUACAAAAAUUGCAUGAGCAAUAUGGUCCCGUCGUUCGCAUCGCCCAAAACGAAGUCCAUCUAAGCGACCCAAACAACCUAGACAAGAUCUACAGCAUCGGCUCAAGAUAUGGCAAACAUGGCGACUUCUAUCGCGCCGUUGGUUCAGAGAAAGCAUCAUUAGCCACAGAAAGCCCCGAAGCCCACCGGAUCAAACGAUCAGCCAUAAACCCAUUCUUCUCACGCAGAAAGGUCCUGUCGCUGGAAGAGGUGGUACAAGACGCAGCCAAAAAAGUGGUCUCGCGCAUGCAGUCGGCCUUUGAGACCUCAGGACAUCUUGAUCUUCAUUAUGCCUUUCGGGCAGUGUCUGUGGAUGUCAUCACCGACUAUGCGUUCGACGAGUCGUAUAAGUUGCUGGAUGCCCCGGACUUUGGAAAAGAAUUCUUCGAUGUAAUCCGUGGUUUUGGUCCGGCGACGUUGUUCUUUCAGACCUUUCCAAUCGUUCGUUAUGUUGCUUUGCGGGUGCCUAGAUGGCUGAGUGUGCUGUUCAAGAAGCCCUGGCGUAAAAUGCUACAGCAUCGACAGAAUGCUCGCAACCAGGUCCUCCGCGUAAAGGAUGCGGUGGAUAAGGGAGAGAAGUCGAAGCGGACUAUAUUUCACCACCUUCUUCAGCUUGAUGGGGUGGAAGGCUACGUCCCGUCAGUGGAUUAUCUUGCGGACGAGGCAUACAUUGUUCUUGGCGCUGCUGCAGAUACCACUGGCAACGCGCUUACGAUUGCGACUUAUAAUGCUGUGAUCAACCAGGAGAUUCACCAACGGUUAAUGACCGAGUUGACGGAGUCGUUUCCUGAGCCAGAUGCCAAUAUAGAUUUCACAUCGCUUGAGAAGUUACCUUAUUUGACGGGCGUUAUCAAGGAAGCGCUACGACUCUCAUUUGGUGUCCCCGGUCGACUUCCACGAGUUGUUCCCAAAGGCGGUGCACAAUUCAACGGAUACACAGUACCAGAAGGAACCGUCGUUAGCAUGAGCUCAUGGGUGGUGCACCACAACGAAGAAAUCUUCCCAAACUCCACCAAGUUCGACCCAAACCGCUGGGUUGAUCCGGAAGUCUGCAAGGCCUUGGAGAAAUACCUGUUCGCUUUCGGAAAGGGAUCUAGACAGUGUGUUGGAAUGCCGCUUGCAUACUGCGAACUAUACGUCACACUUGGCCGGGUGUUUCGCCAAUUCGAUGACUUGAAGACGACGAAAAAGAGCUCGGAAGAGCUUAUGUUGGAUGAUUAUUUUUCAGGAUACCACCCUGAAAAGUAUGCUCAGUUUGUCUUUGAGAGAGCGGGAUAG